UGCAUGUAAACAAACGCACAUCUGAUCUGGGGCGAGUGGCUGGCGUUGUAAUUUCCCUCACUCUGAAUACAAACCCACCACACACGUGCUGUCCAGGGUAGUGAGACAUGAGCCGCAUCCCCAAUCCCUUCCUCGGCGGUGGUGAGAUGCAGCCCAAGCCUCCCCAGACUCCCUCAGGCCCGGGAUUCCUGAUGAUCACACGUCCACCCCCAGCCUGCAACACCUGGCGUGGCGCUCACCGAGGUCGCUCCUUCCCGCCCUCAGCCUCGCCCCGCCACGCCCUCUCCCCGCCCCACCCGUCUGACAGCUUCAUUCCGUUCUCAUCAACAGGUAGCAAUAAUAACCAGGACAGCAGUAGGCGAGGGCGUGGCGGCAGGUUUAGUCAGGGUAGCCCCAGGAUGUAUUCCCCCUACCAUCCCUCCCCCCGGGGCGGCGGCGGGGAGAGGCACAUGGGGAGCCCCGGACAUAACCAGGGUGCGUCCUUUACUCCCAAUAGACAGAAUCGCGACUCGUACGGUAACCAGAGACAACAUAGGUUUUCAUUUAAUGGUAAUUCACGAGGGGGUAGGGAUAACCGCGGGCCGAUCAGUGAUAUCCCUGUGGAAAAGUUUGUGUCUCCCAGCAUGGUGAAGGAUCCAUGGGCUGAGUUUGACGUGCCGAUGACAGUGACUACAGUUCCUACCCCCGAUCCCCUCAGGAGAACUUCAACUCUUCCAUUGUUAGAUGAUUCUGAGAUUAUCAUUGACUCAGACACCAGUGUGGUGGUGGAGAAUUCUUAUGAGGGUGGUGGCGUGAGCGGCACCGAGGGAGACAGCUCCCCGGUGCCGGACACGGGAAGUGACUCACCGUACGUUGCCACCUCCUCCACCUCGGACAAGGACAUGGCGAGUGACUCGACUGGUGAAGACUAGUACAACUCUUGUACAAACUGGGUAUUUGAAUAGCUGAUGCUAGCAGAUAAAGUUCAACCUCCGAUGGUCAACAAGUAUUUGAGAACGUUUUCCAAAAUUAUCGCCGCAUGUAUAAUUUUAUGUUGUAAUGGAAAAUGUUAUUUAGAAAAGAUAUAUCUUUUUAGUUAAUGAGGAAUUCAGAGAAGUUACCUAUCAAGUUGGCCACCUUUUGAGAUUUCUGAAAAAUAGUUUAUGUAAUGAUUUUAAUGUAGAAGUAAGUUUUCUUCGGUUGUUAAAAGAUGGUUUGUCUAAAACUGUGUGAGGGAAGCUGAUUGCAUUUGGGCCAUGUACAUGCAAAUUUGUUCAAAUUAUCAUAGUACAAAUCUAAAACCAAGUGUACAAAAUACUCAAUCAGCUUUUGAAAUUUAGAUUUCUUACUUUUUUACAAACUUCUAAGGAAUGAAUGACUUACUAUAAAUAAAUUGAUUAAAACAUAUGUUAUGCAACUUUUGUAAUACAUUUCUUAAUCAAAUCAUGAUGACCAGUGAAUACUAAGCUCUUGUAUAAUUGAAGUAUGUCUGAUUUUUAACAUUUGUUCAAGUGUGUCCAGAUAUUUCUCAUUUUUCAAGAUACUGUCCAGCCUAACCUACUUAAAUCAAUUUGUGUUCAAAGGUUUUAUGUUAUUUUCAAAAACAUGUCUAAAAGAAAUCUUUACCUUCAAAAAUUAUAUGUAUGUACUUGUUAAAGAGAGAACUAGUAUGAUCUGGGACUCUAAGAUAAUGCAGUAGUAAGACACUGCAGUCUAGAAAUUCAUAUUGAAAAUCUGUGUGUGUGUCUGUCAAUCCCUUAUUGGCAAUAUAUAAUUUUUUGUUUCAACCAUUUGUAGUGUCAGGAUAUUAUGAACCAUGAGCUUGAUUGGUUUUUCUUUGCAUGCUUAUUUUCAUUUUGUAUAGUUUAGUAAAUUGUUAAAAUUGCCUAACAGCAUGUGUGGAAGUGUAUAAAAUGUUAUAUAUUUUCUGGAUAGACAAAUAAAUAAAUGGAGGAGUUAUUCAGCAUAAGCAGUUUCAUCAGUAAUUUGAUCUUUAGUGGAUAGUUAUAGUGUUUGUCGUGGGCAUCGUGUGGCAAGUUUCAUGUAUUUCCCCCUUUUUCAUAACCAAACUAAACUCCUUUGUGAACAAGGUGUAAGAAAACAAUUGAGCUUAUUUCAUCUUGUAGGGUCCUUUGAAAACAAGCAGCUUUAUGAGACAGGGAUAUAAAAUUAUGUGCAAUAUCUCUCAGCCUUGAUGCCCGGGAUGUGUAACAGUUUUGAGGGGAGGUGUGUGUUGGAUGUGGGAAUCAUAAUUGUAAGGGUCUUUAGCACCAAGCCGGCAGCAGAUGUUGUGGCACUAAUGCUCCUUUUAGUAAUGCUCGUAUUAGCUGAAUCAUUUGAGGUUUAGGCAAAAAAAAAAAAAAAAAAAGACAUAUUAGAUUUUGAGAUGUAAGACUUGUCAGGAAAAUUUGUUUAGGAAAAUUAUGUACCUAUGUAAACAAAAAUUCAUUCAUUGUGUAAAGGAUCAGUGGUCUUUCAGCCACUUGCUGCAAAAAUAUAUAUAAAAAAGAUAUAUAUUAUUGUUCAUGAGUAUUAAGACGGGACAGGUAAAAAGAAAUCUAUAACGAUGUGUGGAGUAAUCUUUUUAUUACGAAACCUUGGCCCCUCCAAGAGUAUCCACCACAACGCAUGUAGUAUGUGAAAAAUGUAUAAAUCAGUUACCUAUGAUACAAAUAUACAGAAUUUAAUGUCAUUCUUAUGGGGACUUUGUAUUUGCUGGUAUGUUAAGCUUUGAUUUAUUCAUAGACAUCAUGCUGCUGUCUCAUGCAAAAUACAGUAUUCUUUUUAUACAGUGCAUUGCUAACGUGACUAUCAUUACAAUAAAGAUUUGUAAGUUUAUAAGGUUUUAAAUUUUCUUUGUUGCAGUAACAUGAUUCACCUGUUGAUGGCAUCACUGGGUCUGGGUUCACUUGGCAAUGAUUCCUUCACUAAAGCAUACAUGGUAUACCCUAAGUAGCACAGCCAUCACUCGUCCCCAGAGGAGGCGGGUUGACCAAUACAGGUUGCUAAUUGGCAUUGAAAUUCCAAAGUCAAGCAUGAUUUCUUUCUAGGUUAAUAAUUGCUUCCCAUAAGAGUGACAUGACUUACACACACACACACACACACACACACACACAUUCAUGCAGACUAGACGCUACAUUCAGGGAGCAUCCUCUUCAGCCUUGCUGGAGUUGAAGGCCAAAGCCAUCAUUCUAUUUCUACAGUAGUAAAUGGGAAGCACUCCAAGCAUUUGACAAACGUUCAAGUUUGACUUCAUCGUACAGUAAAAUAUUGAAAACAUGCCGUAUAUGGUGGUUGGAUAUCAGCAAAAACAACACUAAAGUUAGAAAAUCUUUGUGCUGGAGUCUUUUGCAAAGACUCCCCCUAUUCAAAUGAAGGAAACAGUUAAGGGCAUGGGUGUGUGUGACAGUCGAUGUUUGAUGUGUUCCUUUCUCUCCUCUGCCAUUCUAAACAGUUCCCAGUGAACCGUUUGUUACUCACAUCUUGUUAAAUGUUCAUCCUCACUCGUACAAACAUUCAUAACACAAAUUUGAAUGCCACUAAAUAUAUGAAUUUACAUAUACAAUAUAAAUACUAAUAUUAGUAAUCUAUACACAUUGUUUCUCACACUAAGCACUAAAACAAAAAACAGAAAAUAUCUAACAGUCUGCCUGGCAGACAAUAUAUCAUCUAAAACUUUGAAUACAAUGUCAUACAUCAAAUAAAACAUUCAACAGAAAUUCAUACACAAAUGUACAUCUGCCCUAACAUAGAUAUAAAUAUAACACCGAUCCAGCAUGGUGGGGAGCAGGGCGUGCAGUAGUGGUGACCUUGUAAACGGCUGAAAGAGACAACACGGGUUCCACCUCAAUGUGCACACGCAAGACUCGGUCCUGCCACAUAUGAGGGAACACUCAUCAUGGUGAUGAAAAAUUGAUAUUGGGGCGAAAGUGUUCUGGUGAAGAACGCAUCGCAGCUCAGAUGUUCAUGUUACACAAGCCACACCUCUGAGGAGAGACAGAUCCUCAGGGGUGACUGGUCUCUUUCCAUUGGCAUGUUUGAUAAGUUUAAACUGCAGCACAGCCUCUGCUCCAGCCUGUGGGGUUGUUGGGAUAAUCUUUGCAAACUUAGAGAGGAAAUCUUUUCAGGACACCUCCUAAUACUUGACUGCAGAUGUGUUGGUAGGGCUUGCUGAUGUGCAGAACGUGUGGGAAGCCAUGGGUGGCGCACCGUGCAGGGGACGCGCUGCACCUUAGCCAUCGUUCUCAUUUGUGUUUGAAAGCGUAGUGUGCGUGACUUUCAAGUUUGUCAGAGAAUAUUUUAUGCAUAUCUUAUGUUUGGAGUAGGAUAACAGCAGAAGGAUUAGAAUAUGUACAAAAUGUAGAAAUACUACAAGACAAAGUGGCAUGUUGUAGCAAAUAGAAAAUAAAAAUUAUAAAUAAAAAUAUAAAAAUGAAGGAACAGAAUGUUUUGUUGGAUCUGAAUACCUAAAAUAAAGCUAACUCAAAGCUCACCAUCUUUUCAAACCAAGUAUGCAAAUUGUGUUUUUUGAUCAUGUACUUACUCACCUCUGAUUGGAAGCUGACAACCCUUCACCUUGACCUGACCUGUUUUGUGGCCCCAUCACGGCACCAUCGCCCCGACGGAGUGCAAAGACUGCCGUAAAUGCAACAAAUAGAAAAAUAGCACCACUUCCUAGUAAUUCACUUAGCCAUAACUUUAGCAAAUCAUGGGACGAAGCCUCAUGGCGAGUGAAGCUUCAGCACGGCUUCUUAAUCUAGAUAUAAAGACCCAACAGGAACGUUGCUCAGCGUGACCCUCGACAAUAUCCGGGCUGGUGUGACCUCAGUACAGUAUUCCUUCAUCACGGCAUCUCAAAAAGAAGACCGGACCAUGUUCAUAAUGCAGGCUGGGAGGAGAAGAGCAGUACAGGGGUGAGGGUGGUAAUGGGAGUGUGGCUUGGGAAGAGGGAGGCAUGGAGACAGUUACUCCUGACAGGGCUAAGAAAGUGCUUUUUAGUGCUAUUGAUAAGAAGUGAGAUGGAUUUUGAUUGCAGUGCGGCUUGAGAAGAAAAGCAUGGAGACAGUUACUCCUGAAAGAUCUCCUAUUUAGUGCUAUUGAUAAGUAAGAGGUGAGAUAGUUUUGAUUACAGAGUGCAGAGCUUCAGUUCAUUGAAAUUAUGAACACAGUCCCCAAGAGACUGGCUAGAUGCAGUAGGGCGCACUUCCUCUCUAUCUCCAUUUAUGCAUUAAAAGAGUAAACUUCAUUAAACUUAACAGUUGUAUCAAAAGUUUUCCUGAUAGUGGAGGCACUGAGGGUGUGUUGCCCUACCGGAGGCAUCGGCCAACACCAGUCAGGUGCUGGCUUAAGUAUUUCAGGUCCUGAGAAGACACACACUGCCUCUGCUAAUCAAUCUUUGGUUAUAGAGGCAUCUGUGUUCUUGUCAAGUGCAGUGAGGGAUAAGCAACAUGUACUGUACUAAAAUGUACAGUGCAUUGUGAUUAUCAAGUCAUGUAGUGUAGGUUCUGCUGCACGGUAUAAAUUAUAUCUCAGGACGUCAGAAUCUGCCUCUAUCUAGAAAUCGUCAAUGUCUUCUUCUUGAGAGUCCUCAUGUCAGAAGUUGGUGUCUGGCCGCCGCUUGGCAUAGGUGGCCGAGGAGCCAUAGGGGCCGGACCAGUCUGUGCGCCACGAGUCAUAGAUGUUGAUGUUGUAGUUCGGGUUGUAUCCUUUGCCGCGGCUUGAUGGUGGCUGUAAAGUAAUGCAAUGAUAUUCUCAUGUGAAUAUUUCCUGGUGGCUUGAUAGAGAAAACUGAUAAACAUAUCUCUUUAUGAAAGUUUUAAUAAGAAAGGUAAUGCAAUAAAGUAGCAAUAUUUCUCAUUGAAGAUUUCCUGAUGACUUGAUGGAAAAUUUGAAAAAUGAUUAAUAAUAUUUUCCAUAUGAAAGCUUUCUAGUGUUUAAUAAAAAAAAUGCAAUGCAUUAAAUUAUAAAUGUUUCUUGUAUGAAGGUUUUCCUAAUGGCUUAAUAGAAAAUUUUAAACUGAUGAACUAUUUCUCAUAUAUGAAAGUUUUCCAGUAGUUUAACAAUAAUGAUAAUGCAAUAAAGUAUGAAUAUUUCU